GACACAGCCAGUGUGAAGUCCUCCAGUAGUUUGGAACCCAAUCUUUUUUGUGACGAAGAAAUUCCCAUCAAGUCUGAAGAGGUGGUCACUCACAUGUGGACAGCGCCUUCAUUCUGUGCAGAACAUGCUUAUUCUUCUGCUUCUAAGAGUUGUACUCAAGGUUCUAGCACCCCAAGGAAACAACCUCGGAAGAGUCCUUUGGUGCCCCGAAGUUUGGAACCUCCAGUGUUAGAGUUGUCACCUGGAGCUAAAGCCCAGCUGGAAGAACUUAUGAUGGUUGGAGAUCUCCUAGAAGUAUCUCUGGAUGAGACUCAACACAUAUGGCGGAUUUUGCAGGCCACACAUCUACCCUCUGAAGACAGAUUUCUGCAUAUCAUGGAGGAUGACAGCAUGGAAGAGAAACCAUUAAAAAUAAAAGGAAAAGACUCUUCAGAGAAGAAACGGAAACGGAAGCUAGAAAAAGUAGAACAGCUUUUUGGAGAAGGAAAACAGAAGUCCAAGGAGUUAAAGAAAAUGGAUAAACCUAAAAAGAAGAAAUUAAAACUAAGUGCAGAAAAAUCAAAGGAGCUGAAUAAACUGGCUAAGAAACUGGCAAAAGAAGAAGAGAGAAAGAAAAAGAAGGAGAAGGCUGCUGCAGCCAAAGCUGACCUUGUGAAAGAGACUACUGAGAAGAAGAGAGAGAAAAAGGUGCUGGACAUCCCCUCAAAGUACGACUGGUCCGGAGCAGAGGAGUCCGAUGACGAAAAUGCUGUGUGCGCCGCACAGAACUGCCAGCGGCCCUGCAAGGACAAGGUAGACUGGGUACAAUGUGAUGGUGGCUGUGAUGAGUGGUUUCAUCAAGUUUGUGUGGGUGUAUCUCCAGAAAUGGCUGAAAAUGAAGAUUACAUCUGUAUAAACUGUGCAAAGAAGCAAGGGCCAGAUAGCCCAGGUCAAGCACCACCUCCUUCCUUCAUAAUGAGCUACAAACUACCAAUGGAGGAUCUUAAGGAGACCAGUUAGCAGUUGCUGGGUUAGUUUGGGACAUGGGGAGAAAUGGACCACGUUGAGACCUUAGUCAUCAAGUAGAGUGGUGUAGAUCCACUCAGAAUGUUGCUUCCAAAGACGAAUGGCCUUCAGAGAAAGUCCUCUUAGCUGACUUCCUCUUUGCAUGGACUGUGUGACCUACAUUCUCUUCAACACAUCUAUGCAGAGGGUGUCUUUGGUACAGCAGCCAGUAUUUCAAUUUAUGUCUCCUCUGAGUAUGGUUUGUUACUUUACAGCCAGACAUGUGAUUGAGCUCUAGAAUGCUGGUUGGCAUUAAUACAUUGGUAUGCUAGCAGGGCAUAUAGGCUGUGGCUUAUGGCCAGUCGAUACUAGUUAGUGGUGUACAGCCCAGGGGCAGCACCAUCUUGAGGUGCUGAUGACUUGGCACUCCUUAGGACAGUUGGAGAGGAGUGAGAGUACCACUCUCCUUCUGCUGUUACCUGGCAUAUAAUGCCCUGCAGAUAGAACUAUGGGAGCAACAGGGCCAAAGUUACUCCUGUUAGUCAUGGGAUAGUAGCCAGAGUCUAGAUCCCAGCUACUUGUGUGUGUUUGUACCAAGAAGAAAGCCCCAAGUGAGAGGCAGAUCACCUUAUCUUUCUAAGGAGAGGAGUAUGUCCUCUAGUUCAGAAGUCUGACUAGAUUGGAUUCUGGGAAGAAGAGCUUUUCUUAUUUCAAGUCAAGGAGCCUUUUUUUGGCUUUGAGAAGUCUUGCUGUCUUGGGUCUGCAUUUUAGAGACAAGCAGGUACAUGGAUCCAGCCUCCUGCAAAAGAAGAGAAGACAAGUCAGAAUGUUUUACUGAGACACAGUGAUGCAUGCUUUUCGGGGAAACCUUCAUUCACAAGUAUACCAGAUACCACCAGGCUUCAGGCAUGGCCAUGAGCAAGACCAGCAAAUAACAGCUUUUUGCCUUGCAGCCCUGACCCCAAUGUCUGCUGUUUCCAACACUGGCAAUUUCUGAUUGUGGCCCACAGCAGAUGCUGUUGAAUAACACCAUGGCUUCAUCAGAGAAUGUGGGGUUGUAGCACCUCUGGGUGAUAAAGUUGUUUUAGUAAAUCCAUUUUUAAAAAAAGAAAAAAAGGACUUGUUUUUACUUUUUUCUAAAUGUCUCUGACUACUGACUGUUCUAUAAAUAGAUUAUUUUUCCUUUUUUAAUAUACAUAUAUGAAUAUAUAAAUAUAUAUAUUUACUGUUACCAGCAGCAUAUGACAGAGUUUCAGCAUCAAAAAUCCAUUUGGGGGCUUGCUUUCUUUUUUUUUGCUUUUUAAUCAACCCCAUUCCUUCCUUGUAGUACAAGGAGUUAGCACUUCCUUCUCCGUCCUAGCCUGACCAGAUUUUCCAUGUUGUUUUUGUUCAAAUAGAUAAUUACAUUUCCUUUGUGUGUUGGAACUUGUCCCUGUCUGUUGGGAAACUUGGUCUUUCUAUCUGUGGUGGCUGUUUUGUUUUUGUAUGUGAAUGUUUGAAACUAUGGUGCUGUGUCCUCUUUCCUCCUGUUGUGUUCUCUAUUCUUGUUAAGGUGUUAGGUAAGCUAUAUGGAAACGUUUAUUAGAAGGGGACUCUUUUUUUUUUUUUUUAAGGACAAAAAAAAAAAAAACAACCAACCAAAAAAACCUAAAAGUAGUGUUUGGUCUUCACUGUCCUGUGUCCCUUUAUUUUGGUUAAAAAUCUGUGGUUUGACUUAAUUCAUCAGUUUUCUUUUUAAAAGGGAGGAGCAGGGUGGGCCUAGAGAACAGCUUUUCCCUUUUGGCCCCAAUCUCUUUUAAAGAAAUGUCUUCUAGUAACUAGAAGUGAAAUGUACUGUCCAGUUACAGUUUGAGUGGGUAUGAGAUUUAACUCAAAAGGCAUCUUACUCCAAAAAAGCAAAAGCUUUCCUGUAAAACCCAGUUUCUGUAAAUGCAUUCUCUAUGGUUCAUACUACCUGAUUUUUGGUCAUUCUUCCCUUAAUAUAUUAUAUAAUAUUUUUAGUGUUUUGACCUGUUAAGAGGUUCAUAGGUGUCACUGUGCAUGAUCUUAAGUGUGUAUAUGAUUUAAGAUUUCAGUGGAUAUUGCAAGGUAACUAUUAACCAAUUUCAUAAGUUUUCAUUUUGCCAAUCUAUAUAAAGAUAUUACUUAGUUAAAAAAUUUCAUCUGGUUGAUGUUAUAAAAGAAAGCACAAUAUAUUUUUGCCUUUUCAUCUUCUCUGUAAAGAUCUUCAAAUACUUGUGAGUAAAAAAUUGAAUGCAGUUUUAAGUGAUGGCUGCCUGGGUGGAAUACAUUUAAAAAUAUUUCAUUUUUCUUCCUAGUCACCUAUUAACCUUACUCAGCCAUCAGUGGAGGGGCAUGAAGAUGCUGAGAAAGAUGACUAAGGUGCUCUGCUUCCUGGAAUAUGGUGGAUGGAUAUAGGUGGCUGUUUAGGGAAUAAUUUAUGUCCUUAAUAUGGUAUUUACCUGCUGGAGACAUGAGAGAGAGAUGCAAGGCAGUCUCCAACCAUGAGUAGUUCUCUGUUUACCUUCUGGUAUUUUGAAACUUAAAUAUAUGAUUUAGUUGAUACUAUGAGCUUUUCUGUAUUUAUUUGAAAGUCACAGAGGAUUUGGUCUGACUCUUGAGCGUAGAUUUAGACCAAGGCUGAGAAGAACAGAUAAGAGAAAUUAGUUUAAAAAAAUUAAAAAAGGGGGGGGAGAAAAAUGAACAUAUACAAGUCUGUAAUUGUGGAAAUAAUGAACUAAGAUCUAUUUAAAGACAUGCCUGUGUCCUAAUAUAAUAUAAAACAUUGUUUUCAGUUAGAGGAAAUUACUUACUUACAACUUAUUCCAUUCUUCAACAUUGUUACAUUUCAUAUUACAACCUGAUUUAAAAUGUUCCUUUACCCUUCUCUCCAAAAUUGCAAAUUUUCACCAUUGGUAUUUUAAUUUCUAUGUGAAUUCUAUCAAAGGUAUUUCUUACUACCUUUAUUAUAACUAUGUUGGGGAAGGUUAUAGAAAGAAAAAUGAAAAAAUGCUAUGUAGGUCUUUAAUAUUCUCAAAGUGGGUAGGUCAUUGGAACUAUGCAAAUCCCCAAGUUUACAACUAUAGCACUAGUAGUUUGCUUUCUUGUUGGCAGAAGAGGGGACAUUUUCUUCCCACAAAUGUUUAUUUUACGUACAGAUAAUUAUUGCAACAAAGCCAUGUUGAGAUUUAGAUGCUAAGACUCCCUUCCUGAGUUGCUGCAAACCACCUUUGCACUGCAUGAUUCAAAUUUGUGCCUCAGUAAAAUUACAAAUUACUAUAUGUCAUACUUUGAAUAAUUGAAAAGAUAAGCAUUAAAUCUGUGAUUGCCCACCAUGUACUUAUUUAAUAAUCAAAAUCUUAGCAAAGGCUAGCAGACCUAUAAGAGUAGAAUAAUUUUACCUGUGCUUCACUUCUGUUCUUCUCUGCUUUUGUCUUUGGUGUCCAAAAAAUGUCAGUUUAUUUGUUUUUCUUAAUUUUAAGAUUCUGGAUGCAGUUCAGUGCACGUAAAAGAAACUCCCUGCUUGUCAAUAUUUUAAUUCUGUAGUACAUUUGUGUGAAUAUCAGCCAGUACUUAAAAUAGGAGGAUGAAAGGAGAAAUUGAGAAACCUCUUCUUUCAAAUGGUGGGACUAUCUACUUUUUAAAGGAGAAAGUGACAAUUUGGAGUGGGAUUUAAGAAUUGUAAAUUGUGGAAGAAUUUAAGCUGUUAAAGUCCCACAUAUAACCAGGUUCAAUAAAGGUUUACAUAUGGAACUAGCUUCAUAUGUGUGUAGAAAGUUGCUUUUGCAGUAGGUCUGUUAAGUAUAAAUUUUAAAAAGCAGGCAACUGAUUAGUCUUUUACCUUUUGAAUCCCUCCCCUUUUAAAGUUAAAGCAUAUCAUUACUUCUUUGGAUAUGGAGGUGCCAAGUGAUAUUCACAACAUGAGAAGGAAAGAAUGGAAUGUGAAUAUAUUUUGGAAUUGCAGUCUUCUCUUGGCCUGGAUCAUAUCCAGUCACCACUAUGCAACGAAUGAUGUGCACUGGGAAAGGAGAUGCCGGGUUCAGAUGUAGCCUGCUUAUUCUUAUUUUUGCAAUACUCCAAGAUGUCUGAACAGGAAUGUCCUUUGUAAACCUCAAGACCCUCUAUUGAUUAUUCUCUUACAUAUUUAUUUACCUGUUAGUGAGACACUUAAAUAUAAUAUGGACUCUAAUUUUCCAGGGUUUUUGUGGUGCCUUAUGAAAAGUAUAACUUGAUUUCUUGUUUUUUUUUUUGAGCAUGUUUUUCAUUUGUUUUCUGAAAGAAUAUUAGAUACGGUUAUUUGCAUUACAUCUGAAAAAUAAAAGUUUUGUGUGUGUGCUCAGGUU